AGCCAUGGAAAAACUGCCUGUGAUGGUGUGGGCGGCAUGAUCAAACAUACUACAAUGUUGCAUUGCCUACGCUUAACAGCAAAAGACCCACAAAUAACAAUUGCAUAUGAUUUCUAUGAUUGGGUGUCUAAAAACAUUCAAGGAGUGGCUGCUAAAUGGGUUCCGAAAGAAGAAGUUAUUGAAAAUGAAAAGGCUUUACUUGUGAGAUUUGAGACAGCUUUUGACAUUGAUGGAAUCAAAUCCCACCAUGCUUUAAUUCCUAGAGUGCCAUCAAAGGAUAUCUUACUUAAGUUGUAUUCACAAGAUACAAAAUUUAAUAUUAAGAAGAUAUGUACCAAAGAAUUUGAACUAGACUAUAGUGAGGUAAAAGGAUUUGUAACAUUUACAGAAGACGAAAAUUCCUGGGAGCUAGGCUGCGUAUCUGAAUUCCAUGAAGAGGAUGAAAACUUUUCGGUUCAAGUUAUGGAAGCUACUGGACAACCAAGAAGUUACAAGUUUACUGAUAUUGUUAUAAUUGUUAGUCUACAUGACAUUGUAAGUCUAGUUAAUCCGUACUUUCAAGCCAAAGGGACAAUUGUGAAACUUCGAGUAAGUGAUGCUAAGGCAGCAGAUGUAAAAUUAAAAUCUAAGAAAAAAAAUAUGUUUUGAAGCAAGGUAUAACUUGCAGCUACAGUUAUACUACUUUAAAGGUUCAGAGGAAGG